AUGGGGUUUACGUCAAAAUGGCUACUUGGUGUUGCAUACACAGGAGCCUAUCUGACUCUCUUCGUCGUGGCAAUGCAGCAACAUGUGGUAAUGGCCAUGACUCCUUACAUCACUAGUGGCUUCUCCUCCCAUUCGUUGAUCCCGGUCAUCUCCCAGAUGGCCUUUAUCAUUCUGGGCAUUGUCUCGCUGGCCGUGUCCCGACUUGUUGAUUUAUGGGGGCUGGCCCAAGGUUUCGGUCUCAUGGUUCUGGCCACCAUUUUAGGUGCUUGGUUCUCAGGUUUACUGCUUAUGAUGUUCUGCCGGAACAUAGAAAUGUAUACGGCAGCCGUGGUGAGUAGCCCCUCAGAUUGCCUUAUCCUUGAUUGGCUUCCAACGCUCAUCUUUUCCUCCCAGGUUAUCCAUGAAAUUGGUUACGGCGGCAUCCUCUAUACUCUUCUUGUCUUUGUGACGCAGAACGCAAAGUUCAAAUACCGUCCCCUCGCAAUUGCUUUCACCAAGGUCCCCUACAUCGCAACCACCUUUGCCGGGCCUAGGGCCGCAGAGGCCUUCUAUAACCGCGGUCUGACGAAAUGGGCUUUUGGUUCUUUUGCCAUUAUUCUGCCUUCGAUUGCAGGGCCACUUUUCUGUAUUCUCCUGUACAACCAAUCCAAGAUGAGCGCCACAUCUUCGUUUCUGGAAUCACACAAUCAGCAGGUGAAGAGCGGCUUCUUUGGCACCUUGCUCCGCUACCUGAAGGACUUUGAUGUUGUCGGCAUCUCCCUCGCGUGUGUCGGUCUGACACUCUUCCUCCUCCCGUUUAACCUUGCAGCAACCGGAUUGAACGGUUGGGGGAGUGCAACCAUCAUCUCCAUGAUCUUGGUGGGAUUGACUCUCUUGGUGCUGCUGGUACUAUACGAGUCUUUUAUCGCGCCCACCAAGUUUCUUCCGUUUGAGUUGUUAAGAGACCGAGUUGUAUGGGGUGCAUGCCUCAGCGUCUGUGGAGUUUACACAAGUUUGUUCUGUUGGUUCUCGUAUUUCACGUCUCACCUCCAGGUUGUCCACAAUAUGGGCAUUGGUGAGGCGGGCUACUUGGCCAACACAAACUACGUUGGUACGGGAGUGGCAGCCGUCGUGGCUGGAAUUUGUAUGCGCUAUCUUGGUCGCGCGCGGACGACUACUCUGGCAGCCUUGACUAUCUACACUCUCGGCACCGGGAUGAUGAUCCAGUUCACUUCGUCCGGGUCACCAUCAGCCCUAGGAGGCAUCAUCGCGUCCCAAGUGCUCAUCUCCCUUUCAGCGGGCAUUCACGCUGUCGGCGCAAACAUUGGCGCCUUGGACGGAGCUUCACAGUCCACCCUCUCCAUGCGGCUCGCACUCGUCUAUUUGUCCAGCAUGAUUGGCUCCUCCAUCGCGCUCGCCAUCUCGGGCGCCAUCUGGACUAAUACAUUGCCGGGGCGACUAGCGUCUAACCUUGCGGGUUUGGGGCUGACCUCUCAGGAAGAAACCUCCAUCUACGGCUCCCUGAUUGUCCAAUUGUCCUACGACGUUGGAACCCCUGUGAGGGAUGCUAUCAUCCGCUCAUACAGGGGCGUGUUUAGAAUCCUGAUGAUUGUCGCCACUGCGACGUCCGUGGUCUCUUGGGUCGGUGCUCUGAUGAUGCGCGAUAUCACUGCUGGCGAUCGGGAUGCCAAAGAGGAAGAGUCGGAGCUGGAGCAAUCCCAUCAAACCAGGGGUGAUACUGCGGCUAUCUCGGAAAAGUAG